AUGCAGUUUAGGCAAAUAUUGAAGAAGAUCAUGGAGACGAAGGAGAGUAUGGGUGACAUAAUGAAGUCUUCAGCCUUCGCACUGACUGAAGCAAAGUACGCUGCUGGGGACAGGGUGAAGCACGUCGUUUUUGAGAACGUGGAUCAGGCCAUUAUCAAGGUUCGCGCGAAGCAGGAUAACGUCGCUGGCGUGAAGCUGCCGAAAUUCGAGCAUUUCGCCGAGGCAGGCGACAGCAAGAAUGAUCUGACUGGUUUGGGUCGAGGAGGACAGCAGAUCCAGCUCGCGAGGUCAGCAUUCGUCCGUGCUAUUGAGUUGCUGGUUGAGCUGGCAUCUCUGCAGACAUCCUUUUUGACGCUGGACGAAGCCAUUAAGACGACCAACCGCCGUGUCAAUGCGCUUGAGAAUGUGGUGGUGCCUCGCCUGGAGAACACGAUUUCGUACAUCAAGGGAGAGCUUGAUGAGCUGGAACGAGAGGAUUUUUUCCGCCUGAAAAAGGUGCAGGCUUACAAGAAGAGGGAGGUUGACAGGCUGAAGAAGCUGAAGGAAGAAAGAGAAGCUGAAGAGGCCAAGGGUCCGAAGGCAGUUGCUGACAAGUCCUGCGCCGGCACGAUGGCGACUGCUUUCGCCUCGCCUUUCGCCACUUUCGCUGGAACCCCCGCGUUCGCAUCCCAUCGCCCGUCCACGCCGCAGAGAUUCCGUUCCAGUUUUACCUUGUCUCCCCUCGCACCUAUCCUUCGAGGACACGUGGACCUGCGCCACGUGGACGGCGCCGGUGCAACACGCGUCAGCAGGCCAUCCGGCGGCGCGGCCCUCGUAUGCACGGCCAUGUCGAAGCGCCAUCACCACCACCGCCAGAGGCAGCGGGAGGGAGCGGACUCGGAGCCGCGAUUUGCGGCGGGAACAGCGGAAGGGGAGGAAGAGAGGAAGCGGUCGGUUGAGGCGGGAGCGUCUGGUGGAGUGGUGGAGACAACGAGAGCAGCGACGGCCGUGAGGGGAACAGCUGUGGUUCAGAAGACGAGGCUCGUCAAUUUAACCGUGCAUGGAGUGACGGAUGAGUCAGACCUUCCGUGGCUGGAAGAUCAGCUGCUACAGCUGUCAGGGGUCACGUCCGUCCAAACCCUGCCGCCCACCCUGCGCACGGGCGGGCUGAGAGGCGGGAAGGUGGGGGUGGUGGUGGAGGCGGAGAGGGCAGUGGCGGUGAGGGACCUGGUCGCUGCUGUGCAUGGGGUGGAGGAACGGCUAUUGGCACUCCCAUUUAGAUCACACUCGUGGAUGUGGAGGGGUCAUCGCAUUCACUAUGCCGUGGCAGGGUGUGGCAAACCCGUCAUUCUCGUGCAUGGCUUUGGAGGCAGUGCAGGGCACUUCCGCAACCUUAUAGCACAUCUCGCAGACCACCAUAAGGUGUACGCGGUUGACCUGCUGGGAUUUGGCGACUCUGACAAGCCACGCGGCAUCGAGUACGGGCCUGAGCUCUGGGCUGACAUCAUCAACGAUUUCAUGCUUGAGUUCACGGACGAGCCUGCUGUGCUUAUUGGCAACUCCAUCGGUUCUCUCACCUCCCUCACUGCUGCCGCCUCCUCUGCUGCUCCUCUCUCACUCUCGGAUGGGGAGGGGCAGAGUGAUGGGGAGGGCAGCAUGGUGCGGAGAGCAGAGAAGGGGAAGAUCAGAGGCCUGGUUCUCCUGAACGUGGCAGGAGCAAUGAACAGGAAGGGCCUGAUGCGGGACGAUGCACUGCUGACAGCACUGUCGCCCAUGUUUGUGGCCAUUGAAUACCUGCUGCAGAAACCCAAAAUCGCCUCGUUCCUCUUUGAACGGUUCCGCAACAAGGCCAAUGUGCGCAAGAUACUCAGUGAGCAGGUGUACCGAGAUAAUUCACAAGUCUGCGAUCGGCUGGUGGACAUCCUGUACGAGCCAUCCACGCAUGACGGUGCUCUAGACGUCUUUGUCAAGGUUUUCACCGGUGAUCCAGGCCGGCAUCCAGAGGAGCUAGUGGAGCUGGUGGAUGUGCCCAUGCUUGUGCUGUGGGGUGACAAGGACCCUUGGACGCCCAUUGACGGCAAGGUGGCUCAGCUGUUCAAGCGCCUAGAGGAGCAGAGGGGAAAUGACAAGGUGGCAGUGGUACCGCUCCCAGAUGUAGCUGCUCGCUCUCGUCAACCCGAUGACACCAAGACUCUCAAUGCCAACAAGGCCGGCUCCAUCUUCGUCUUCUUCGCCUGCAGUUUCAUGGGCGUGUGGAUUCCGUACUUCAUCCCUGUGCACCCGCUCUUUCUCAAGUUGGGAAUUCUCUUCUCCACUGGCCUCUUCAUCGGCAUGUCUCUCCUCUACCUCGCUGUGGAGACAUUUGAGGAGUUUGAGGAGCUGGCAGGAGACGAUUAUCCGUAUGGUAUGCUUGUCAUUGUGAUGGGCAUCUACCUCACAUGGUUGUGCGAUCUUAUUGUCAAAUCCGUGUGGAUUAAGCGCACGGGUUCUCUGGAAGAGAAGGAGGACGAACUGGGACCCACAAUUGCUGGUGCAAUGGGCGUCGGAGAGAAGAAGGUGGUUGACGCAGAUGCUGAGGCUGCUGUGGCCAAGAUUGACAUUCAGGCACUUACCAUUGUAGACGUCAUCCUCGUCCUCUUCGGCCUCUGCUUCCACGCUUUCUUCGAGGGCGUUGCUGUUGGACUUGCAUCCACUGUCUCCAAAGUUUGGUCGAUGACUGCACAAAUUGGUGUGAACGAGGUUUUCGAGGGCAUGGCGCUUGGUGUCACACUUCGUGUACAGAACACCAGCCGUAGCGGCCUGAACCACUUUCUGUAUGCCUUAGGUGCUUCUGUUGUUGCUCCCACUGGCAUUGCCAUUGGCCUGGCCCUUGACUCUGCCAGUGGCAAGGUUGCAAGGGAGUGGAUCAAGGGGUUUGGAAACGGCAUGGCCGCUGGAGUGUUCAUCUUCAUUGCCCUCGCUCACCUCCUUGCCAAGGGAAUGAAGCCAGGGCCCAAGGAUGCUUGGUGGUUGGUUUUCGUCAAAUGGUUUGUAGCAGGCCUUGGUGUGAUGACCAACGCCCUGCUUCAGCUGUGGUAG